CUCCUCGCGCCGUCCGUGCCUCCCUCACCUCACUGCGAGAGCCCGCCACUCCGGACUCCGCGCUCGACUGACCCCGCGCGGCGUUGUUCCGUGCCAGCAUGCACGUGCUGGCGGUCUGCCUGCUGGCCGCGGGCGUCGCAGUCCCGGCCGCCAGCGACCGCUUCCGCACCGUCAUGAUCGGGCCCAGUACCGACUUCCCGGGCGGCGACAGUGGCUGUGACGUCUGCUCGCACGGCGACGGCGGCGGCGGCAGCUACCGCAGCUCGUACCAGACGAGCAGCCACUCGAGAUCCACGGACGGCGCCGGCGGUCUGUCGCCCGGCCGGCUCGGCCACCGCCGCACCUAUUCCUACUCCAGCGAGGAGUCCGAGUACACGUUCACCAACGGCACGCACAGCACCACCAUCACCAGCAAGCGCUCGAGCGAAGGCGUGCCUGAGUACCACCUGGUGGUGACGCGCCUGCGCGACCGCGCCGUGCUCGAACGUUCUGUGCUUUCGCAGGCCGAGUACGACGCGCGCCGCGCCAGCCUAGGGCUCACCGGCUCGGCCGGUGCGUUCGGCGGUCUCGACGCGCGCUUCGACUCGUCGCUCGCGGCCGGCUCGCGGCACGACCUGCUCAGCGAGUUCGACAGGCGCCUGGGCCGGCGGCGCGGCGGCGGCGGAGGCGCGGUGACCUCCUACUCCAGCGAGGAGUCCUACUACUCCUUCAGCAACGGCUCGCACACGACGCGCAUUUCCGGCCGGCGCAACAGCGACGGUGUGCAGGAGUACCACCUGGAGCUGACGCGCGACGGCGACGGCGCCGUACUCGACCGGGCGACCAUCUCCGAGGCCGAGUACAACCGGCGUCGCCAGAGCAUGACCGGCGGCGAGGGAUUCAGUGGCGUAUUCGAACGGCGCGGCGGCUCCCAUUCCAGCUCCGGCUCCCGCUCCGGCUCCGGCUCCCACUCCAGCUCCGGGUCCCGCACCAGGUUCGACUCGCGCUCCCGCUCCCGCUCCGACUCCGGCUCCCACCCCGGUUCUGGCUCCCACUCCGGCUCCGGAUCCCGCACCAGCUCUGGCUCCCGCACGCACUCCACCUCCUCGAGCUCGGAGCGUCGCGUCUCGAGCGCCGACUCCUGCGUGUGCGUGGCGCUGGAGCGCUGCGCGCCCUCCGGUCUGGUCGGCUGGUCGCUGACCACCUGCCCCGGCUCGGACGUGUGCUGCCGGCCAGACGGAAUCCUGCCGGCUCCGGAGCCCGCGGCGCCGUCCGGCUCCCGUCGCACCUUCAUCCGGCAGGAGGAGCGUGAGGAGCAGGCGCGUCGCGAGGAGGUGGUGGCCUGCUACUGCACCGAUCGCUCUCAAUGCUCCGUCGCCGACCGCGAGUACAGCGCGGCGGCGCGUCGCCAGUGCGCGGCGGACCAGGUGUGCUGCCGCCGGGCGCCCGUGCCGGAGCCGGUGCCGACCUUCCGGCCGACGUUCGCGCCGGAGCCGGUGGUGGGUGCCGCCAGCUGCGCCUGCGUGUCGCGCGAGGCGUGCGGCCUGCGUGACCGCGAUUUCUCGGCCGAGGCGCUGCGGCGCUGCCCGCGACCAGCCGUCUGCUGCCGGUCACGUGGCCGGCCCGCGCGGCCCGAGCGACCCGAGCGGCCGCCGCAACGGCCGCAUCGGACCGACUUCAACGCCGACAUCCCGCCGCGGGAUCCGUCCGUUGUUGCCCAGGAGCGGGACAUGUUCCGCGAUAUCGUUCAGCAUGUGGAAACGACGGACGCCGAUAGGCUGCAGCGGCCCGUUACCGACGCUGACAUUCAGCGUCUUCAGGGCUCGCUGUCACGCUUCGACGACGCGCACGAGACGGCCGGCCGCGGGCGCACCGAGUACCGCCUCAGCCGCACGCGCACUGAAACCGAGCGGCGACGCGACUUCGGCGGUGACUCCCAUCUGCAGCCGCUGGACGAGGGCGCGGCGCACACGGUGAGCAGCUCGCGUCAGUUCAGAGGCUUCGAGAGCAGCUCGCGCCCCGGGCCCACGGACGGGACGGCGGCCGGCGGCCGCAGGGACGACUUCAACGCUGGCGACUUCAGCCAGCGGCCGCUGGACAGCUCCGCGGGAGAGACGGUCAGCAGCGAGCGCAGGUAUUCCUACCAACGGACCACAUCCGGCAGUGAGCCGGCGCCACAGUUCGGCGACGCCGGGGCGGCGAGCAGCGGCGCGCACUCGCGUUUCGACUCGCGCCGCACGCAGCAGCAAGCCGUCAGCCCGGACGGGCUCGGCCAGCAGCCGGCGGAUGAUUCCGGCGCUCACGUGGUCAGCAGCAGCCGGCGCUACUCGCAUCAGCGUACCGUGUCCGGCGAUCAUGUCGGGCCUGACCUCGGCGGCAGUGUCACAUCUGGCCGGGGACACUCCCGCUUCGAGACAAGGGGCGUGAACGACCUCGUUUCCGACCCGGACCCGGUGAUCGACCUGCCAGGUCCGCAGGUGGUGAGCAGCUCGCGCCGUUACUCCUACCAGAGCUCGUCGUCGUCGGAUGGCGCGUCGGCGGACGGAGCGCGUCUCGGCGCGGCCGGCGACGCCGGUCGCUCGCGCUUCGAGUCGAGCCGGACUGAGCAGCGCGCCACCAGUUCCGGCGGGCUUGGGCCGCAUCCGCUCGACCUGUCCGGCGGCCAGACGGUCAGCAGCUCGCGGCGCUUCUCGCACGAGCGCACCGUGUCGGGCGGCGGCGCGCACGGCGGCGGCGCGCACGGCGGCGGCGCCGGCGUGUCCUCCUUCCAGGACGGUCGCCUGUCCGGCCACGACGCCAGCCAAGGCUCUGGCGAUCUCGGCGCCAGCGGCCACACCAGCGGCUCGCGCUACUCGUCAUCAUGGUCAUCGCGCUCCAAGAGCAGCACGGGCUCGUCGACGGUGCAGCCCGACUCCUACUCACACAGCUACCAGUCGGGCCCCGCCUCGAGCAGGUCACACUACAGCAGCUCGUCCAGCCGCCGCAUCGAGCAGGUGCCAACGUCCAGCAGCAGCUACUGGAGCAGCUACUCCUCGCACUCCGGCAGCCGGCGCCGGCGCGGCCUCUUCUCCAGAAGCGAGCCGGCGCAAGCUGACCCGUACAACGUCGCACGGCUCGACAACUGCGUCUGCGUGCCGUUCUUCCAGUGUGAGGACGGCAACAUCGUCACUCACGGCGCCGACCUGCUCGAUAUCAAGCUGGGUCCGCGCAAGCAGUGCUCUGGCUUCCGCGUGUGCUGUGAGCUGCCGGAGUCAAGCCGGCGCCGGCUACAGGCGAGUCCAACGCUCCAGUCGGGCGUCAUGACCGCCGUCUCGACCAGCGGCAUCGACCUCUUCGACCGCUCGCACGUGGCCUCCCAGCCGUGCGUCUGCGUGUCGGCCUACCUCUGCAAAGGGGGUGAGAUCUACCCGCCGCCGCAGACCCCGGUGGACAUGCGCCAGGUGUCACGCACCGGCCGCUGCAACUACGACGGCCAGGUGUGCUGCGCCAUACCGAGGACCCAGAUCCUGCCGACGCCACCGCCGCCGCCCUGCCAGUGCGUCUCGGGUGACCGCUGUCGUCAACAGGACGUGCUGUCGCGCUACAUCGUCGCCACCGCGCCCACCUGCCCUGGCACCCAGGUGUGCUGCUCGCGCCCUCUACCGGCACCGGGCGGCUACCCCGGCUCGCCGGUCAUACCCGACGUCCGCCAGCCCGACUUCGACGUGUACCAGUUCUGCAAGUCGUACCCGCUGAGCAUCGCGUGCGGCAGCACGCAUCGGUUCAGCACUCUACCGACCAUCACACCCUCCGCUUACUUUGAUGCCGAUGCUGAAGCCCGUAAGCUCAAUUCGGCCAUCGGCUACUUCAACGCUGAUGAUGAAGUGCUGAUCGAGGUGCUGGCCAGGAGAACGUUCGCCGAGCGUGCGCUCAUCAAGAAUGCGUACGCCAGGCUCUACGGCAAGGAUCUAUACGAUGCUGUCACGAGAACGACGCGCGGCAAGUUCGAGAACUUAAUGCAGGAGCUGCUGGAGGCGUCCUCAUACUACGAGUACCUGGCCAAGAAGCUGCACGAGGGCAUGGACCGCAUCGGCACCGACGAGGACGUCCUCCUGGAGACGCUCAUUAGCAGCACCGGCGACGAAAUCGACGCCAUCCGACCCUUCUUCCACGCCAUCGAGGGGAAAACGCUGGAGGCGGACGUGGAGGACGACCUGACCGGAGACCUGGAGGACAUCAUCUUGGCGCUGGUGAACAGCAAGCGGGACCGUACCUUCCGCACGAACCGCAAGGAGGCCAAUGAGCAGGCCCGGGCGCUCUACCAAGCCGGCGGCAGCCGGCUGGGCACCGAGGAGGCCACAUUCAAGUACUACCUGACCCACGAGAACUACGCCCAGCUGGCGCUCAUCUUCUCCGAGUACGAGCUGUUCGCCGGCGAGUCCUUCGAGGAGGCGCUCGAAGAUGAGUUCAGCCGGGACAUGGAAGACGCCGCGCUGGCCAUUGUCGAGGUGACCAGAAACCUGCCGCGCUAUUUCGCCGGCCGGCUUCACCACGCGCUCUGGGGCCACGGCCCGCUCAGCAAGGACGACACGUCGCUGCGACGCAUCCUCAUCUCGCGCGCUGAAAGAGACCUGGGGACCAUCGCGCAGGAGUAUCAGCUCAAAUAUGGCCGCACGCUGAUCGACGAUAUCGAGAAAAAGAGCACCGGCGACUAUGAGGACGGGUUGGUGGCGCUAGUGGGCGGCAAGUCCAAAUAGUACCGCCAUCUUUGAACCGUUUUAGAACUAGUGUUUCUGAUGCGCGACAAGGCGCCGGCUGGCCGUCAUUCGUGGCGUUGGCGGGACCGCCAAUGUGCAAAAAGGGAUGUGGACUGUCGAUUUGUGCAACAUUCUGAUGGCGACUGUCAAUAAACGAAACGAAGUCAU